AUCUCUAAACUUUUUAUUUUGAAACGAGGGCCAUGAGCAUUUGUGUUAUAAGAAAAUUGUAGAACUGACAUAAAAUAAAUAUCUAUGGCCUCAAAUAAAAUACCUCCUUUGACAUACAAAGUUGUCGCUGAGUGUUCAGUUUCGAAGGCAAGAGCUGGACUUAUGACACUGCGUCAUAGUGUAGUUAACACACCGGUCUUCAUGCCUGUUGGAACCCAAGGAACCCUUAAAGGCAUACUGCCACAACAACUAAUCGAGUUAAAUUGCCAAAUUCUUUUGGGAAAUACUUAUCAUUUGGGUAUGAGGCCGGGCAUUGAGACGCUUAAGAAAGCAGGUGGUUUGCACAAAUUCAUGGGAUGGCCGAGAGCUAUUUUGACAGACUCAGGUGGUUUCCAAAUGGUAUCGUUGCUGCAAUUAGCUGAAAUUGAUGAGCAGGGUGUAAAUUUUCGCUCACCAUUCGACAAUUCCGAAUGCAUGUUAACUCCUGAACAUUCCAUAGAGAUACAAAAUGCAAUUGGUGCCGAUAUUAUGAUGCAAUUGGAUGAUGUCGUCAAAACGACUACCACCGGUCCUAGAGUAGAAGAAGCAAUGCAUCGAACUAUUCGUUGGGUUGAUAGAUGUAUUACAGCUCAUGCCAGAGAUGAUGACCAAAGUUUGUUUCCCAUUGUCCAGGGAGGUCUAGAUCCCGAACUGCGUAGGAAAUGCGUAGCUGGCUUGAUGGAGAGAAAGGUACGUGGCUAUGCAGUUGGAGGGCUUAGCGGUGGAGAGAGCAAGGAUGAAUUUUGGCGAACCGUGCAUACCUGUACAGAUCUAUUGCCAAAAGACAAGCCACGCUAUUUAAUGGGAGUGGGCUUUGCAGCAGACUUGGUAGUAUGUGUGGCCCUAGGCAUCGACAUGUUUGAUUGUGUAUUUCCCACGCGAACUGCGAGAUUUGGCUGUGCUCUGGUGAUGCAUGGACAACUAAAUCUUAAGCAGAAAAAGUACGCAUUAGAUAUGGCUCCUAUCGAUGAGGACUGUGAAUGCAGUACAUGUAAACGAUAUACGAGGUCCUACCUUCAUCACAUAGUAACUGUAGAAAGUGUUUCGUGUAGCCUUCUAAGUGUACAUAACGUAGCGUUUCAACUACGUUUGAUGAGGGCAAUGCGAACUGCUAUCGAACGAGACCAGUUUCCGGAAUUUGUUAAGGAUUUUAUGGAUAAACAUUUUAUUGACGAAACUGUUCCAAAAUGGAUAAGGGAAGCAUUGGCGGCAGUCAAUAUACAUUUACCGGAAAAUUCAAAAGAAAAAGAAGAAUCCACCUCGUCAAAGAGAGUAUCCUCCAUUGGGUCAUAACAAAGGUUUACAUAUUUACCAAGCUGGUGCCGACAAUUGUAAAAAUAGAUGUUUAAGAAAAUAAAAAUCAUUUUACAAAUUUCCA